GGACUUUCCUUUUUACCCGGCAAAAAGAACAAGAACUCAACUCGACCUCCCGUGCACGAGACGCACGCACGGUGCACGCAACGGGAACCAACACAUUCAUUAAAAAAAAGAAUAAAGAAAAACUUUAUUCUUUAAAAAGAGACUUGCGCACAAACUUUGCGCCGCAGCGUCUCGUCACUCCGCUUUAAUAUUUAAUUUUCCAUCCGGCUGCAGGGAAAUGUGUUUUCUUUAGGAUUAAACUCCGUGCCGGACCGGACCGGACCGGGUCUGGACCAGAUCAGCUAACCCGGGUCCCGGCCUGAAAGGAAGAUGCUGACCCGGGUCGGCCUGGUUCUGCUGUCCUGGUUCUGUUUCCGGACCGAGAGCCAGCGCUUUGACUACGACGACAGCUGGGCAGGCCAGGCGCUCUCAUCGGACGGUCUCUGUCGCUAUGGCAACAGCGUGGAGUGCUGCUGGGGGUGGAGACAGUCGGAGUGGGGACGCUGUGAACCAUACUGCCAGCAUGGUUGUAAACACGGAGAGUGUGUCGGACAUGACAGAUGCAAGUGUCACCCCGGAUACACUGGCAAGACGUGUAACCAAGAUCUGAACGAGUGUGGUCUCAAGCCUCGGCCAUGUAAGCAUCGCUGCAUGAACACACACGGCAGCUAUAAGUGUUACUGUCUGGACGGAUACACACUGCAGCAGGACGGCAGCUGCAGGAACACCCGUACCUGUUACCAUGCCAACUGUCAGUACGGCUGUGAGGUCGUCAAGGGAACGGUCCGAUGCACCUGCCCGUCGCCAGGGCUACGGCUGGGACCGGACAGACGCACCUGUGUUGACAUAGAUGAGUGUGUGUUGGGUGGAGGUGUGUGUCCUCGUCGCAGGAAGUGUGUGAACACGUUUGGAAGCUUUGUGUGUAAAUGUCACCUCGGUUUCAAACUCACGUACAUCAACGGACGCUACACCUGCAUCGAUAAGGACUCUCGGCCAUUCUGCUCCCUGAACCCCGCCUCUCCAAAGUGCAGGUGUAAAGACGGAAGCUGUAAAGCGGUGCUCAGAGUCACUGUGGAGCCUCCAAAACCCCAAACUACACGACCAGCAGCCAGAAGAACUACAACUCCCACAGCCACCACCACUACUACUACUACUGCCUCUGCUACUACCACUACUACAACUACAAUUGCUACUACUACUACUACUCCUCAGCCAGUCACCACCCAGCCACCUGCUACCACAACAACCACUACCAUGGCAACAACUACCCCGAGUACUACCACUGCUACAGCUAGUACUACAACACCAGAGCCCACUACUACUACAACCACUACUACAACUACAGCCACUACCACAAUUCCUACUACUACCACAACUACUAGUACUACUGUAGCGAGUACCACGACACCGAUUCCUACUACAACGAGUACCACCACUACUACAGUACCAGCUACAACUGAACUGGACACUACUACUGCUGCUACUACCACUACUUCAGUUCCUACAACUACUACUACUGCAUCGACUACUGCACCACCUGAAACAACAACAACAACAACAACAACAACAACAACAACAGUGCAACCAGCAACUACUACUGCGGUUGCCGAGACGACCGCGCUGAUGACCACCAUGACAACGCAGACCACCAUAGCAACCACCUUAGCAACGACCACAGUGGACAACAGGAUCAACAAGGAAGUGACACACAGACAGAGGGGAGACGUGCACAUCCCUCGCCAUCCAGGCCAUAACCAGGUGUGGGAGUUUGACAUUGAGCUGGGAAACACAGCAGAGGAGGCCAAGGACGAUCCUGCGGCGGGUGGGCUGCACUGUGCCUUCGACCACGGAGUGUGUGACUGGAUAUCUGACAGAGAGGGAGACCUGCACUGGCAGACUGUACACAACCCUGCAGGUGGGCGGUACCUGUCCGUCCCGGAGCUGAAGGCGGGACAAAGGAGCAUCCGCGGCGCUCGAUUGGCUGUCCCGAUAGCCCCGCCCUGGAGCCACGGCGACCUCUGCUUCUCCUUCUCCCAUUGGCUGACGGGGCACCAUGUGGGCGUGCUGCAGCUGUUCACCAGGAGGAGGGGGCGGGACCAGAGGUAUAGCCCCGCCCUCUGGAGCAGGACGGGAGGACAUGGAUGGAGACAGACACAGGUUACCCUGACAACACACACACUGGACAGGGUGUUGCUGAAGGCCGAGCGGAGGAAAGGACAGAGGGGAGAGAUCGCCGUCGAUGACAUCACUUUAAGACGAGGCGCCUGUCGAUGACAUCACUGCAAUGAGAACCCGCCCCCUCUCACCCACCCACCCACACACACACACACACACACACACACACACACACACUGUCCUCAGACUGAAGGUACAAGGUGACCAGGUCCAGGUUCUUCUAUUUGCAAAGUCCUGCAGCUCCCUCCCUGACAGGCAGGGGGCAGCAGAGAGCUCCGUCCCGGUUCUCCUGCAUGUUCUCUCCAGAACGUUCCUCUGCUCUCCUCCCAGAGCGAGCAGUGGGGUUUCAGAGCUGCCACAUCACUCCUCCUCCCUUUCCUCCGGCCGCUG